CUUUCUGGCCACAGCAUCAUAAAGAAACUCAUGUCCCCCGUGCUCUUGUCAGGGUCCCUGCUUCCCAAAACAGAGCCCGCAGCCUGUAAGCGUGUCUGCACUCGGUGUGCUGGCGGCGUGUCCAGCUCUGCACGUGGCCAUGCCAAUGCGGAUCCGUGUUGUUGCGUGCCAGUGACACCAGUUAUUGUAUGCUCAUUACUUACCACUCUCCCAGCUGCCAACAUCAUCCAGAAGGAGGGCACGUUUCCUGCCAGGUCACGGAUAGGAGCGCUACAUGGUGGUGGCCCAAGACAUGAUACUUGUGGGGCCCGUGGGAAACUCACCGGCUGGACGUCACGUCUCGGGUCAGGAUCACACAGACACUAUCCCGCGAGGGAGGUUUCAGCCAGUUCAAUGUGGUGCAAGGUCCUUCAGGCAGGGCGCAGGGAGGUGAGAUGCAGCGGGGCGGCUGCAUCACAAUCGGUCCUCGUCUCCCGAGCCAGAAAUUGGAGAACCGCGAGCCCUGUUUUCUACAAAACCAGAGCGACUGUCCUUAAUUACAGGCCAACCUUUUAAUUCCCUCUGGACCAAACCCUGUCCCUUGCCCAUUUGAAAGGCGGUGACACCCGGCAGCAGUCAGCCAGGGGCCUGCGGCUGACCAGAGGGGAGGCACAAGGGGUGGGCGAUGUGGGUAUCUGCUGGCAGCCACAUGCCGGCUCUCCCUCUGAGCUGCCUGGCCUAAAACUCCUGCAAUGUCCCAUAGCUGUGCCUGUCCCCGGGACACCAGCUUGUCCCUGCCAGGGCAGUCCCUGGGGACAGGCUGCUCCCAGUGACUCCUCCCCUGGUGUCCCCAGCUCCCAGGGACAGCCCUGCCCUGCAGCUCAAACACAGCUGCUGCGAAGCCAGCUCUCGGUGUGGCUCCAACUCCCUCUCACUCCAGAUUUUGAGACCCUUGAGCCAUGGCCACGGCAUUCGGCCCAAAAAUCAGCCAGGUCCUGAUGACACCGGACCCCCACCACAUCCCCGGCUACGCUGGGUACUGCCCCCAGUACAAGUUCAGGCUGGGCAGGACAUAUGGGAAGCUGACCUCCCAGCUCCUCACCUGCCCUGAGGUUGCCCGCUCCCCACGUCUGGUGCUGCAGCCAACCCAGGGCCCCUGCGAUGAUGCUCAGCCCCCAGAGCAGGAGGAGAAGCUGCUGGAGGUGCCGAGAGCCGGCUGGGGGGCCGGUGUCCUCCCAGUGAGCUGCAGCAUGAUCCCGGGAUACACAGGAUUCAUCCCCAGAGCCCAGCACUUCUUUGCCAAGACCUACCUGGAGAUCUGCAAGGAAGCCAGGAGUGACUUUGCCCGGCAGCAGCGUAGAGCCUGGGGUGGGCAGGAGCAGCCCAAGGCCCCCCAGCCCUGCCCGGACCCCACACAGGGAAGCAAGGAGCAGGCGGCUGGGAUCCCCAACUCCGAUCACCACCUGCUCCCCACGGUCACAGGCAGGGCCCCGCUCCUGGCAGCCGCAGCCCCACAUGGCUCGCCCUACUCCAUGGCAGACGACGACCCCCACAAAUACUUCAUCUCAGGCUUCACUGGCUUCGUGCCCCGUGCCCGCUUCCUGAUCGGGGCCAGCUUCCCCAUCACCACACACCGUGCCCUGCUGGAGUUCGCCCGGAUGUCCCGCAUGGAUGGCAGCAGGUGCAGAGCUGUGGGCACUGGCAGCCUCCUCCCACCACUAGGACGUACCCACCCCGCAGCCGGGGGGCUGCUGCCCCACUACACCGGGUACAUCCCAGGUUACAAGUUCCAGAUUGGCCACACCUACGGUCACCUCACCCACGAUGCCCUGCACCUCGGCCUCCUGGACAAGCAGCGGCCGGAGUAGCCUCUCCAGUGGAGGAUGGCGCUGAGCCUGGCCUGCGCGUGCCAGGGAAUAAAGGCCCAUGUGUUGCCCUCCAUGAUCUGCAGGGUUCACACGCACGUGGGCAUCCACUCCUGGAGACCAGGCUGGGGCCGUGCACGGAGGGUGGGGGCUGUACCCCUGGGCACAGCCCAGCCGCAGCCUUUUUCCAGCCAUCCCCAGGGCUAAAAGGCUGCGGCGGGGCCUGGAUCUCAGCAAAGAACCUCCCCUGGCCUGUCCAGCCACAGCACCCCCAGCCCAGCUGCUGUGGGGGGUGGACCAGAGCCCCUGGGAUGGGGUGGGAAUCACGAGCCAGUGGCCAGCAGAGAGCCUGGUCAGCAUCUUUUUUAUUAAUAUGCAUCAUAAAUAAAGAAAUAAAUAAAG